CUGAGCUGAAUGUUUAUGCAGAAAGAAAGACGGCUGGAUUAGAACAUGAACAGCAUUAGCACAACACAGAACGAGCAUUAAUAUAAUCAGUAAAACGUUACAGUGCGGUGUGUUGCUGGUAUUUGUUAUUUCCACAGAGCGCAUCUCCUGAGAAACAGGCUUCAUUUCAUACAGACCGAGUGCUAACAGCUGGAGCAAAUUAACUACAAUGGGUGGUGCAGUAAGCGCUGGAGAGGACAAUGAUGAGCUGAUUGACAACCUGAAGGAGGCCCAGUACAUUCGCACAGAGGUUGUAGAGUGUGCUUUUAGAGCCAUAGACCGAGCUGACUACUACUUGGAGGAAUUCCGAGACAGUGCUUAUAAAGACUUGGCCUGGAGACAUGGAAACAUUCACCUGUCUGCACCCUGCAUCUACUCUGAGGUGAUGGAGGCCCUCGACCUUCAGCCUGGCCUGUCUUUUCUUAACCUGGGAAGUGGAACAGGCUACCUCAGCACUAUGGUGGGCCUCAUACUGGGUCCGUUUGGCGUAAACCAUGGUGUUGAACUCCACGCUGAUGUAAUCGAUUAUGCAUAUGAGAAGUUGGAUUGCUUCAUUAAAACCAGUGACAGCUUUGACAGGUUUGAUUUCUGUGAGCCAUUGUUUGUGAUGGGGAACUGUUUGGAGAUUGCCCCAGAGAGCAGGCAGUAUGAUAGGGUUUAUUGUGGAGCAGGGGUUCAAAGAGAUCAUGAAGACUACAUGAAAAACCUGCUCAAAGUCGGGGGUAUCUUGGUGCUCCCCUUGGAAGAAAAGCUUACCAAAAUUACUCGGACGGGGUACAACACAUGGGAAACAAAAAAGAUCAUUGCUGUGUCAUUUGCACCUCUUGUGCUUCCAAAACACAGAGAAAAUGGCAAACCCCGAGCAGUACCACUACCUACUAUGUUUGAAGUGCGAAGCCUUCAGGACUUGGCUCGUAUUUCCAUCCGGCAGACCCUGAAAAAGUCUGUGUCCGAGUUGUGGCCUCUGCCCCGGCGAGCAGGAGCCAGAGGCAGGUCUCGGUUCAAACACAGACGUGAACAGCGUGACUCUACCAUACUAACCAACCACUACAUGUUCAUGAGUCGCUUGAUCCCCAGAUCUAUGGAUGACAACAACAAUCAGUCAGGGUCAGAUGAUGACGAUGAUGAAGAGGACUGUAGAGGAGUCUGCGAACAAUUCGAAGAUGAGGUCGAAGAAGGUCAGAAUAGAAGAAGGCGGGAGGGAAAAGUUACUGAGGCUCCUGUUAACCACUUGAGAGAGAAAAUCCUUACUCUGCCUCUUCCAGAGCCACUCAAGACCUACCUUCUUUAUUACAGAGAAAAAUAAGCCAGAAAUGUCUGGCCCAGUAAUUCAGUCGCAGACUACCUACAAGUCCUUAUAGCUCCACCAGUCCUUUAUUGCACACAACUCUUGUAUUGUCAAAAAGAUGUGCAUGAGUCAAUUUGGUAUGUGUUGACGAGACCCAUGACACAUUGUAAUAUAUACUACAUGUAUGUAGAAUCAUCAUCUUAUUAGUAAGGUUGGCAAUUUCAGCCAUUGUUGGUUGCCAUUGUUAUUGUGAAAUGGUAAUGUCAAUAAACGGUUUAGCUACAAAUCAGUAGGCCUCACUACAGAGUUUUAAACUGCUUCUGGAAGUAGUCAGCAUAAGCAUUUGUUAAUAGAUGUUUGGAUUGGUCACAGCCCCAUCCAGCACUUUUUGUAUAAUUUACAUUAACAGCAUUGAGCAUACAGUCUUGUUCACAGGGACAAGUGUUUUGUUUUGUCCAGAGUAAACAGAUUCUCAAUCUAGUAAAAACUGGCUUCUUUCUAAGAACCAAUUCAGAUAAAACCUUGUUAAAAAGUAGAAUCGGAAGCAGGAAAAUGUAUCCAUGCACCAAGUACAAGGUUAGCACUUAAACACUAGUGCUUAAAGGUUAGCGCUUAAACUACUGAAUGAAGCGGUGGGUUUUUUUUGUCCUCAGACAUGAAGAAACUCAGCUGUUUGGAAAGACAGAGGUAGUUUAUUCCACCACCUGGUUUCAGAGCCUUGAUGCUCACAAGUCCUAAGGGGGUUGGUAAGAGAAUUCAAGCUCAAAACAUGAAGACUUGAGCAUUGCAUUAGGGUAAUCCUAAAGUUCUAAAAGGGGAGCCCACAUGACCAUGUUAGAUUACCAACAUAAGAGAAUGAGUUACGUUAACAAUCUUAGCAUGUGCUUGAGGCUAAGAUAAGCAGGACUGAGAUGAUAUAUCAGUCCUGCUGGUGUUUGUCCCGAGUUUUAAUUAAUAACGAGGUGUCCACCAGACAUGCAAGCUGUAUCCUGAUGAAGGAAAAGACUAGACAAGUCGUGUGUAUCAUCAGCAUAGCAGAGGUAUGAAAAGCAUAUGAGGAGAUGUGAGGAUAUCAAGAGAUCAGUUGUAGGGGCAAAGAGAAUGGCCCAGUACUGAACCUAGUUGGACUACAAUUGAGUUUUUAUUACUAAAAUGCAAAUUCUGCCAUGGCACGUUAUGACCAUUCUUACAGAUAAGAGAUAAGCUGUAAUUCUAAGGCUGAAAAGAAUGGACUGGAUAAACUUAUGGUUAACUGCAUCAAACUUUAUGAUGAUGAGGAUUUGGUUAAUUUGGAAGCACAUGUGCAGGUGCAGUAAAACCCUACUGUUAGGAUCUUGGUUGGCAUUUUAAGUGAGAAAAGGGACAGCUAAUUGUAAACCUAACACUAAAAAAUAUUGAAGAGAACAGAGAGGAUUGCUACAGAAUUUGGGUUUUCUGUGGAGAGGAAUGACUCUUGCGGUCUUGAAAGCUGUAAGGAUAUAGCCAGCUAUCAUGGAGUUGUUGGUGACCAUUAUUUGAAAAAGGACAGGAGCUUUUGUAAAUUAUCUUGUAAUAAACAAAAGGUGUCCUGCCUGAUUUUGAUGAUGUGGUUAGUAAAGAUAAAGAAAUAAUUUAGCUAUGUGUUCUUGUAAGAAACAUGGUGCUAGACAGUAGUGUCUGUAGCAGUGUUUCCUACUGGAGUUUUUUAUUUACAUGCAUUUAUCUGGUACUAGUAAAACAGUGCAGACAAUCCAACAAAACUCCAUAAUAUAAAGCACUUUGUAUCCUGCCAUUAAAUAUCAAUCUUGUAUUAAUGUAUAUAAAAUAAAUACUGAAAAGAAACAUCUGCUAAAUCUCCUUAAAGCAAAGGAAGGAUGCCCCAACCUGGUUGUCCUAACUGGCAUCUUUCUUAAAUACGGUCUGAUCUUUAUCAACAUUGUCUGUUUUGUAAAGUAAUUAGCCAGGCAACGUUACACAUGUUGUUUAAUUGAAAACAUACUAUUACUCUAUAAUCAGCUGCUGAAUCACAAAAAAAUUUACUCUUAUUUUAACUUUGUAAAGUACUGUGUUUCAUUUCUUUCUCUAAACUUUUAGUCUAAUACAAUUCAUGACAAAUAAAAUGGCAAAAAAUGAAAAGGUGUGUGCAUUGUGUGAGUAGUUACAAACAUUUUGCCCUUUUCAUUCUCUUCACCCUUUCUCCUCCCCCAAUCAGGAUUUUGAUAUGUUUUCAAGCAUUUUGUAACUGUAUUUAAAAUGUGUUCUUAAUGUUUCUCUUAAUAUGUCAUGUUUUGUCACGUGACUGGUCGUAACACUGCUCAUUCUUUUCAUGAAUUGCAUACGUGUCAUAAUUAAAUGUGCAAAACUGUUUCAUGCAUGAACAGGGUUUUAUAAUACCUGCCACUAGUAAAUAAAUGUUCAGUACUAAAAAAAAAUCUAUGUGGUCUUUAUUAUAAAAUACAUGGAAUGUUUUGAGGAGCACCCUCCAUGUGACUCCCCAACCCCACACCAAAAUACCAUUAUAUAUACAUGAGAUAAGGGGGACUGGACCAAGUGGUUGACUUGAUGCCUAAUUACUUAGCAAUAACCAGCCUUCAUGUGUCUGUAGAAAAGAAACAGCCUGUAUAUAUAAAAUAAAAACAAG